AUGGAUUCAAAUGCUGCGCACAGUCCCGUGUUUCUGUUAUUUCCUUCAGAUAUCAACAGUCCAGAAUAUCAGUCAUCAGAACUCACAGCCACAACCUACAAGUCCCAAAACCUCAUUCAGAAAUUUUUUGUUACCAAAAUGAAGAUCUUAGGGGCUAUUCAGAUCCUGUUUGGAAUUAUGAACUUUUCUUUUGGAAUUAUUUUCCUUUUCACCUUGGUAAAACCAUACCCAAGAUUUCCCUUCAUAUUUAUUUCAGGAUAUCCAUUCUGGGGUUCUGUUUUGUUCAUUAUUUCUGGAGCCUUCCUAAUAGCAUUGAAAAGAAAAAGCACAGAAACUCUGAUGAACGUAAGCCAAAUAGUGAAUUUUUCUAGUGCCCUGGGAGCAACAGCUGGAAUCAUUCUCCUCAUAUUUGGUUUCCUUCUAGAUAGAAACUACAUUUGUGGCUAUUCUCAAGAAAGUACUCCAUGUAAUGCUAUUACCAUUUUAUUCAUUGGACUUUUGAUAAUGUUGAUGAUCUUCAGCAUCAUUGAAUUAUUCAUUUCCUUGCCUUUCGCAAUUUGGGGAUGCCACUCAGCCAAUUGUCAUUAUAAGGAAUGUUUUUGA